AUGUUUCUCACCUGUUCCGAUAUAAAAAAUAAAGGCCAGAAGAAAUGGGGGCUAUGUGGUCUUUGUGGUCUUGGUGGUCUUGGUGGUUUUGGUGGUUUUGGUGGUCUUGGUGGUCUUGGUGGUUUUGGUGGUCUUGGUGGUCUUGGUGGUUUUGGUGGUUUUGGUGGUCUUGGUGGUUUUGGUGGUUUUGGUGGUCUUGGUGGUCUUGGUGAUCUUUUGGAGAGAUGCGCGUAA